AGUAAUCUAAUAGUAUAAUAAUAGUCUUACUUUGUCUAUGUAUAGAAGUUAGUAAACUCUAUAAAUAGUAACUCCUUAAGGGCACAUCACUCACAAACUCUAGAAGCCAAGCUACACUAUUUCUAAAGCUCUCUACAAUUAUGGCUACCCUCUCCUCCACCAUUUUCAUCCUUUCCCUUGUCAUUUUUGCCACAUUGACUAGUGCUUGUGGUCCAUGUGAGCCAAAGCCUCACCCAACACCAAAGGCACCCCCAGUGAACCCUUAUUGUCCAAGGGACACAUUGAAGCUUGGUGUUUGUGGUGACCUACUUGGCCUUGUAAAUGUUGCAAUUGGUAGCCAAGUGACAUCCCCUUGUUGCUCAUUGCUUAAAGGUUUGGCUGAUUUGGAAGCUGCAGCUUGUCUUUGCACUGCCAUUAAGGCUAAUGUCCUUGGCAUUGUCAAAUUGGAUAUUCCUGUUGCACUUAGUGCUUUGGUUAGUGCUUGUGCUAAGAAAGUUCCCACAGGUUUCAAGUGUGGUUAAUUUAGUUAAUUAUAUUAAUUAGCUUACUAGUACUCCUCAAGUUUAUUGUUUUAAUUAAUCAUUGAGUUGUAAAAUGAUGUUUGUGUUGUGAUUUGUUCUUGAUUUGGGUUUGUCUGAUUUGUUAUCUAGGAAACUAGGUUCCUUUUUUUUGUUUUGGUUAUUAUUAAAUUGCUUUUCUUUUGGUUGUUUGUAAAAUAAUUUGCAAUUUGUGCUUAAUAAAGUGUGAAACAUUCUUCACCUUGUGAGAA